AUGCUAUCCUCGAGUUCGCCAAAUCGCCCACCCGUCUCCCUUUCCGUCGCGCGUCACGUCGCCAUCUCGUCGCCCAUCCCGUCGCCCUCUUCGUCGCCCUCUCUCCCCUCCUCUCCUCCCGUCGGCCUCUCUCUCGCCCCUCCCUACCGAUCGCCCUCCCGUCGAUCGCCCCGUCGCGCUCUCUCUCUCCGCUCCCUUCCCGUCGCCCUCUCUCUCGCCCCUCCCUUCCCGUUGGGCUCUCUCUCUCCGCGCCCUUCCCGUCGCCCUCUCUCUCGCCCCUCCCUUCCCAUCGCUCUCUCUCUCUCUCUCCGCUCCGCCCUCUCUCUCGCUCCUCCUUCGAAUCGCGCUCUCUCUCCGCUCCCUUCCCGUCGGCCUCUCUCUCCACUCCCUUCCCGUCGCGCUCUCUCUCUCCGCUCCCUUCCCCUCGCCCCCUCUCUCGCCCCUCCCUUCCCGUCGCGCUCUCUCUCUCUGCUCCCUUCCCGUCGCCCUCUCUCUCGCCCCUCCCUUCCCAUCGCGCUCUCUCUCUCCGCUCCCUUCCCAUCGCCCUCUCUCUCGCCCCUCCCUUCCCGUCGCGAUCUCUCUCUCCGCUCCCUUCCCGUCGCCCUCUCUCUCGCCCCUCCUACCCAUCGCGCUCUCUCUCUCCGCGCCCUUCCCGUCGCCCUCUCUCUCGCCCCUCCCUUCCCAUCGCGUUCUCUCUCUCCGCUCCACCCUCUCUCUCGCUCCUCCCUUCGAAUCGCGCUCUCUCUCCGCUCCCUUCCCGUCGCGCUCUCUCUCUCCGCUCCCUUCCCAGUGCCCUCUCUCUUUCUGCUCCCUUCCCAUCCUCCCUUCUCGCUUGCCUCGAAUAGCCCUCCCGGCGACCUUCGACUCUCCCAUCACGUAUGCCCUCCUUUCUCCGUCGCCUCUCUCGUUCUCCCUCUGCUAUCGCGUCAGCGUGACCCAUUCCGUACUCUGUUAUUGUGUUUGGUUUGUUUGUUUUUUCUGUCUUUCCAUCUAUUCUCGACACCCUCUCUCCCGCCGCCUAUCCUCUCUCCUGUCGCCCUCCCGUUUCCCGUCGCCCUCCUGUUUCCCGCCCCCCUCCCGUUUCCCGUCGCCCUCCCUUUUCCCGUCGCCCUCCCGUUUCCCGUCGCCCUCGCGUUUCCCGUCGCCCUCCGGUUUUCCGUCGCCCUCCCGUUUCCCGUCGCCCUCCCUUCUUCCGUCGCCCUCCCUUUUCCCGUCGCCCUCGCGUUUCCCGCCCUCCCGUUUCCCGUCGCCCUCCCGUUUUCCGUCGCCCUCCCGUUUCCCGUCGCCCUCCCGUUUCCCGUCGCCCUCGCGUUUCCCGUCGCCCCCCCGUUUCCCGUCGCCCUCCCGUUUCCCGUCGACCUCCUUCUUCCGUCGCCCUCCCGUUUCCUACGCCCUCCCUUCCCGUCGCCCUCCCGCCUCAAGUCCAAGGCAGCACAUUGA